GACCGGUCGUUCUGCUGGACCCACCGGCUCCUGGUAUUCAUCAGCCUGCUCCUCAGUGUCUGCAGCACUGUAGCCAACCAUUCUGGAGCACACGGCUCUGCCGUGAAGGUUUCUGGAAACCACAUUCAUCUGAAGUGCAUCCGAGGAGGUUCUGUCUUCUUUAAUGUGACCGAGAAGCGCAGGGCAGAUGCAGGAGCCGAAGUGCAGGAGGUUUCAUGGGCUUUGGGCACUCCGUCAAAUUACACACAGGUGCUGCAAGUCCGUAGGGGAGCCGACUCUCCAAUCUGGUUGAGCCUCCAGGAGAAGUUCAAGCAGAGGGUCCAUGUGCCCAGCAUGUGGUCUCUGAGGAUUGAGAACUUGGCCCCUGAAGACAGUGGGCAGUACAUGGCCAUGAUCCACUCAACUCGGGGAAAAACGCUUGGCCAGUUUUUCUACCUGACUGUCUAUGAUCCUGUGCCUCACCCUGAGAUCCUGGCCAAGUCACUGUCUAUCACACCAGGCCUGUGUAACAUCUCUCUGGAGUGUAGGGCUCCAGGGGCCACCCAGGACCUGAAUGUGACUUGGGAGAGCAAGGACCUCUUCAGAGAGCUGGAACAGACAGACACACCAGGACCAACCGCCAAGCUUUGGACCCUGGCUGUGAGCCUGCCCCUGAGCCAGCAGAUCGCCAGUCUCACCUGUGUGGUCAGCAACCAGGUGGAUCAGAAAACUGCAACCUUAGACCUUGGGAAAGUCUGUGCCCAAGGUUCACACAAUCAGGAUGUGAUUAGACUGCUGCCAGGCAUCCUAGGGGCUGCUGUGGGUGUGCUGUUGGUCCUGGGAACUGGGCUUUAUGUUUUGAAGACAUGUCGGAAGAAGAAGAAGAUGAUGAUAGAAGUAAAAAGGGGUGGAAGAUUGCAGAAGAACCAUGGGGUUGAUGAUGGUGGCAUCCCCUUUGAGACGCUCAGCCAGCAAGUGUCUCAGAAGGGCAAGGACAAGAGCAUCGGUGAACAAUAUCUGGGAAAAAAGGAAUCUCUCACUACUACCUACAGUGAGGUCUGUUAUCCAGACCAGACCAUGGAGAUCAUUUGAUUGGAGGAAGCAGGAGGAUCUGGCACUCCCAGGACACCUUCACUCUGAGCCUAAGUCCUGCAGACCCCUGCCUUUCCCAGCUCUGGUUCAGUUCCAGCUUCGCCUUGUGUGUGUUGAAUUGCCAGAGGCUGCAGUAAAUGUAUUCCCUUGGAGAGGCAUCACUGCCAACAUUCCUGAAAGGCUAUGUCACUACCAGUGGGGCCAUAACAACAAUACUUGAAAUCCAGCCUGGACUUCCUUUGACCAAACUAACCAAUCUAUCUUUGCCAAAAUCAGAUGAAAUGUCAACUCCAACCUUGCCUUGCAUCAAAAGCCUUGGUAUCCUGCCCAAUAUGCCCGGAACGGCAUAUACUGGGAGACUACUGUGCUGGUAGCUGGUCUCCAUAUAGCUCCCUUUUGUUUGGAGGCUUUAAACGGCUCCUCUAAUGCCACUCUGGGGUUUCUCCCAUCAGGCAAUUGUCAACACAUACUCCAAAUCAAUAACACUACCCCCAAUGAAACGCAAUCUCUUUCCUACUUUAAUAACACCUUAUACACUAUAAUUAUAGUAAAAUUAUUGCUGUCCCCUUGGGGCCCUCUGGGUAUGCAGACCCUAUGGGUGGUGAUACCUGCCCCCACAUUGGACAGGGACAUGCACUUAGGGUGGCCAUUAAUUUUAUUCACAGUCUGGGAUAACAUUCCCCUCCCCAGUAAUCUAGAUGCUUGCAAACCUCACUGGCUAUGAAUGUGCCAGACUCUCUUGUGGUGGGACCCUAUCAUAGUAUUCUUUCCCUGCCACUGGUACAAUCUUGUUUCAGCAACAAAUUAAAAUAUUAAGCUUAUAUGUCAUAAAAGCUCUUAAUGAUAGUAGCACUAAACUUGUGUUGUCAUUGGAUGAAUUUGCUUAGCUGCAUACUGUUGCAUUGCAAAAUUGAAUGGAAUUACAUAUGCUUACCGCAGCCCAAGAAGGGGUUUUCACCUUACUGUAUACUGAAUAUUGCGUGUAUAUCUCUGACAAUUCUCACAAUAUUACUCUCCUUGCCCAAGACAUUCAAAAACAAGUAAAACAGUCAGAAUCUAACCAUCAGCACCCCAUCACGGACUGACUGUCCAACUGGCAUUGGCAUUGGCUAUGGUAGGUGUGGAUUUUAUUAAUUAUGCUUUUAAUUUUCCUAUGCUUAUCUUGUAUGUGUAACCUAUAUCAACUAUGUCUUCCCUGUAUAUCUGUAAGGUAUUUUCCUUAUAAUUGGGUAUCAAAUUGAGGCCAAAUGUGGAGGAAAAGUUAAAUAUUAAAUUUAAACUCAAUUGAACAUGGACACAAACAAAAUAACUUCUAAUCUUAUGGCCUUAGGCGGUCUAGUCUACAAACAUGAAGGAAGUUUGUUUUGGAAAAAAAAUAUUAAAGAGUAAUUUAUAGAAAAAAGAAUUGUAUAUGGCAAAUUCUUAUCCUAAAACUAAUUAACU